AUGACUUCUUUUCAACUGAGAAAGCCGUACACUGCAGAGGAGCUUGCGCAGCUCUAUCCGAAAGAAUUGGAACUACAGCUUGUGCAGAUUGUGUAUUGGCCGUAUUGCAAUUCGGCAAGGCAAUUGACCAGUGUAGUCAUGGCGACCGCGGACUGGUCCAGAUGGGAUUCGCUCAAGUAUCGACGACGAAUCGAAACUUUUGGUUUUGAUGACAGACCUGUAAUCGCAUCCGGCCCCAACGGGGAGUUCGAUGCUGUCUGUCAACCAGGUGAGCUCACAGACAAAGGCCGCGAAACCACACUCGCCCUCGGCUCCCGCCUCCGCCACCUCUACAUCAACCAACUUCACUUCAUGCCACGCCUAAUCGCUGACAGUGACAUGAUCUACCUCCGCGCAACGCCCAUCCCCCGCGCCCUCGAAUCCGUCCAACAAGCCUUCUGGGGCCUCUACCCAGCAUCCACCCGCACCGCUGACUUCCCCGCCCCGACAAUCAUAACCCGCACCCCAGCCGAUGAAACCCUUUUCCCUAACGACGGCAACUGCCGCCGCUUCGCACACCUGAGCCGUGCCUUCGCUGCCCGCGCUGCCCAGCGCUGGAACGACACAGACGAGAUGCAUUACCUCUCCCAACUAUUCUCAAAAUGGAUGCCGGGGCACUCGAGGGUGGCUGUGGACUCUCACCCCCGCCUCUCAGGUAUCAUGGACACGAUAAAUAGCACCGAUGCCCACGGGCCGGCUACAAAACUCCCACCGGAAUUCUACGAUGCCAAAGCCCGUGGGAUCAUCGAUAGAAUUAGUGUCGAGGAGUGGUACGCUGGAUACAACGAAUCCGCGGAAUAUCGGACGCUGGGGAUUGGUGCUUUGAUGGGGGAUAUCGUAUCUCGUAUGACCGGUAGCGUGGAGCGGAAUGGGAAUGAUGGAGCUGUGGAAGUAGGGGGAGUGGAUGAGGAUUUGGAACAUAGGAGGGGCGGGGAGAUGGAGGUUAGGUUUGCGUUGAGUGGAUGUCAUGAUACGACGCUUGCGGGGGCGUUGACGAGUUUGGGGGCUUUUGGGGGAGAAAGUUGGCCCCCAUUUACGAGCCAUAUUGCUUUUGAGUUGUUCAGGAGGAAGAACGGUGGUGGGGUGAUGGAUGGCACAAAUAUAUCCCCAGGAGAAGGCGAAGGCCUGGGCCGGAGGUCUGCGUCUACGUCUGCCGAAGACGAAGACGCCAAACAAAGAGCUGAUGCGCCUAGUCAAGGAUGGUGGGCGAGUCUACUCGGAAGCAGUAAUAACACGGCCCCCCCAUCCCCCUCCCCCAAAAGCAUCGCCCGAAAACACGUAUCCACACUCUCCCCGUCACAAAGACAAUCACUUCAAAACCACUACGUCAGAAUCCGGUACAACGACAAAGUGAUGCAAGUCCCGGGGUGUAAACUCGAGGGAAAGCAUCUCCCCGGCGAUCCUACAUUCUGCACUUUAGAAGCAUUUAAAUCUAUCGUCGAUUCCUACACCCCCAAAAACUGGAAACAUUCGUGUGCGUCUAAUAUCGAUGCGCCAUCAUUCCCAGAGAAGCCUGAAAUGGCGGGAUAUGAAUAAGAGGUAGAGUAGGGGUGUAGUGCGUGUACUGCAAAUGAAACGAAAACUACAUGCAUACAAGGAGCCUAACGGCGGAGAUACAUAGAUCAGAUCGGUGUUAGAAGAGCGAAAGAGAUAGACUGCAACAAC